CAUGAAGUUCACCUUAAACCUUUACCAAGAUAAGGGAACGGAUCCCAAGAGAAUAUCCCCAACAUGGAGCCAUACUUGAGCUCUUCUUCUUUACCACCAAGCUCCUAGCCAUCAUCACCUCCUUGUAUCUCUGGUUCUAUUCCCAUCAACCACCAUGAUCGUCCUCCUCUUCUCCCUCAUUUCCCUCCUCCUUUCCCCUAUCCAAUCAGCAACCAUCACACUAUCCCCAAAAACCCUCAACAAAUCCGGCGACUCAGUCCUCAUUCGAUGGUCCGGCGUCGACUCACCCUCCGAGCUCGAUUGGCUCGGCAUCUACUCACCCCCCAACUCACCUCACGACAACUUCAUUGGCUACAAGUUCCUCUCCUCCUCACCCUCUUGGCAAUCCGGGUCGGGCUCUAUAUCAUUGCCUCUCACCAACCUCCGAUCCAAUUACUCCUUCCGGAUCUUCCGUUGGACAGAGUCUGAGAUCAACCCCAAGCAUCAAGACCAUGACCGCAACCCCCUACCCGGAACGCGCCAUCUGCUGGCUCAAUCGGACGAACUGACUUUCCGAUCGCUUCACGGUCCGGAGCAGGUACAUUUGGCAUACACGGAGUCGUUAAGCGAGAUGCGGGUUAUGUUCGUGGCGGGGGAUGGAGACAAGAGGUACGUGAGGUAUGGUGAGAGGAUCGGUGAGUGGCUUGACCUGGUGGUAGCACGUGUGGCGAGGUACGAGAGGGAGCACAUGUGCGAUUCUCCGGCCAACACGAGUCUCGGGUGGAGAGAUCCCGGGUGGGUGUUUGAUGCGGUGAUGAAGAAUCUGAAAGGAGGUUUAAGGUAUUAUUACCAGGUUGGUAGUGAUUCUAAAGGUUGGACUUCAACCAACAGCUUUGUGUCACGAAGCGGAGAUUCAGAUGAAACCAUAGCCUUCAUGUUUGGGGACAUGGGAUGUUCAACACCAUACUCAACCUUUGUUCGUACUCAAGAUGAAAGCGAAUCGACUAUAAAGUGGAUCCUUCGAGACAUCAAAGCUCUGGGUGACAAGCCUGCUUUUGUUUCACAUAUUGGAGACAUCAGCUAUGCACGAGGUCAUGCGUGGUUGUGGGAUGAAUUCUUUGCUCAGGUUGAACCUGUGGCUUCCAAGGUACCAUACCAUGUGUGCAUUGGUAAUCAUGAGUAUGAUUGGCCUUCACAGCCUUGGCGACCUGAGUGGUCAUACUCGGUAUAUGGGAAAGAUGGUGGUGGUGAAUGUGGGAUACCCUACAGCCUUAAAUUUAAUAUGCCUGGCAACUCCUCAGAACCAACUGGAACCUCUGCUCCAGCAACUCGAAACCUUUACUAUUCGUUCGAUAUGGGAGCUGUACACUUCGUCUACAUAUCAACUGAGACCAAUUUUCUUUUUGGAAGCAAGCAAUAUAACUUCAUAAAGAAAGAUUUAGAAUCAGUUAAUCGGACAAAGACUCCUUUUGUGGUAGUCCAAGGGCACAGACCAAUGUACACUACGAGCAAUGAAAACAGAGAUGCCCCAUUCAGAAAGCAAAUGCUCGAGCACUUGGAACUUUUGUUCGUGAAAAACAAUGUGACUCUAGCAUUAUGGGGUCAUGUCCACAGAUAUGAGAGGUUUUGUCCGCUGAACAACUUCACCUGUGGAAGCAUGGGGCUGAAGGGAGAGGAAUGGAAGCAGUAUCCAGUUCAUGUUGUGAUUGGGAUGGCUGGACAGGACUGGCAACCCAUUUGGGAACCUAGGCCAAACCAUCCUGAUGUCCCAAUCUUCCCACAACCUGCACGAUCUAUUUACCGCACUGGCGAGUUUGGUUACACUAGGUUGAUUGCUACAAAGGAAAAGCUUACUUUAUCUUAUGUAGGAAACCACGAUGGAGAGGUGCAUGAUAUGGUGGAAAUUCUCGCUUCUGGACAAGUUCUUAAUGGUGGUGAUAGUAUUAGUAGUGAUAAUAGCGGGAAUGUUGAUGUUGUAGUAGAGUCUGCAUUUUCAUGGUAUGUCAAGGGAGUGAGUGUGCUGGUGCUGGGGGCAUUUGUUGGUUAUGUUCUUGGGUUUGUUUCUCGUGCCAGAAAAGAAGCUGCAGUGGAUAGGAAAUGGACUCCCGUGAAGAGUGAAGAAAUAUAACUGGAUAUCAGGUUCAAGAGUAUUGUGCAAGAUAAAAAAUAUACUUCACCUGAACCACAGAUCUUUUGUGAUGAAGCGACAAAGUAAGAUGUUGUGAUGAUGAUGCUUGCCCAACAGAGCAGACUAAGGAACUGGGAUAAAAUAGUAUUUCUUAGUUUAAUAUGCUAUGAAAUCGUUGUAUAUAUACGAUUUUGCUGGUGUUCCUGUUUAUUUUUCACCGUGAAUCCGAUUAUUACGACGUGUUCCAUCUUGGUUGAACUUGUUGUUUGCCAAAAUAAGAUGUCACUGUAUGAUGCUUGGUUCAUACAUCCCUUGUUACCAAUAGUUCGUCAGUAUACAUAUGAUAUUUGCUGAA